GGUGCUUAAUUGUUUUGAUCACCAUUCCAAUUAUUACUGUAGACAUUCUAGACAGUAAUGGGAGAUUCGAAAUGGGUCAUAGACGUCAAUGAUGGAGUAAAACAAAUGGGAGAUACUUCAAAGAUGAGACAACAGUGGGAAAAGCAUUCAAUCUAUGAAGUACCUGCAAGCGUUAAAGAUCUAAACAAAAAGGCCUACAUGCCGCAGACAGUCUCAUUCGGUCCUUACCAUCACGGGGAAGCACAUUUAAAACGGAUGGAGGAGCAUAAGCACAGGGCAUUGCUCCAUUUCUUAAGGAGAUGUGGAAAACCUGUUGAAUCGUGCCUCGACGCUUUAGAUAAGGUCGUGCAGGAUUUGAAAGACUCGUACGAGCCGCUCGAUCCCAAAUGGGCAGACGACACAGCUGGAUUCUUAAAAAUGAUGACUCUCGACGGAUGCUUUAUGCUGGAAAUCCUUCGUGCCAGUGUAGAUGAAUCGAAUGACUAUGAUUCCAAGGAUCCAAUAUUCAGCAAACACGGGAAACUGUAUAUCAUGCCCCAUAUCAGGCGCGACAUGCUGAUGCUUGAAAAUCAGAUCCCAAUGCGGGUUCUUGAACAACUGCUUGAAGUUGAGAAAGGCUCCAACGUCAUUAAUAAUCCAGUGAAGGAUACAGAGAGUGUCAAUCAACUCAUACUCAAGUCUUGGUUCCCCAAACCCCAUUACUCAGAGAUGGGCGACUGCCUGCACGUACUGGAUGUUUAUAGGAGGAACUUGCUUCAGCAAAAGGGAAACCGUAAAAAAAAGCAUAAGGGGAGACCACUCGGACAGGACAUGAAGCCAAGUGGUGAUGAGAUCAUAAGAUCUGCAACAGAGCUUAAUGAAGCCGGAAUCCGGUUCAAGGUAAACAAAAAUGCGAGCCUCAAAGACAUCACUUUCGCCGGCGGGGUGCUUAGGCUUCCACUCAUCGUUGUGGACGAUGCCACCGAGUCGAUAUUCCUGAACUUAAUAGCCUUUGAGCGUUUCCACGUCGGGGCCGGCAACGAGAUUACCUCCUAUAUCUUUUUCAUGGACAACAUCAUCGACAAUGCAAUGGACGUUGCCCUUCUGCAUUCGAGUGGCAUCAUACAGAAUGCCAUUGGAAGUGACAAAGCUGUCGCCAAGCUCUUCAACUCUCUCUCUAAGGAUAUAACGCUCGACCCAGAAAGUAGCCUCGAUGUAGUGCAUAAAAUGGUUAGUGAGUACUGCAAGAAGCGCUUGAAUAGGUGGCGGGCCAAUCUCAUUCAUACAUAUUUCAGAAAUCCAUGGGCUAUUCUCUCCCUUAUUGCUGCCAUCUUCUUGUUUGCGCUCACCAUAGUACAGACCGUAUACACAAUACUAGGUGUCAAAUGAUUCUCCACCGCCUUCUCAUUAGUAUAAACCUCCUCUUCUUGACCUCAAAACGCCUCGCCAUUGAAAUCGGUUGCAUACGCAACGGAGUGGAUCCCAUUCCUAGCCCGUUUCUGUGGUUUUACAUGAGUCCGCUUCGGGUUUUGGAAAAUGUUCUCCUUUUCAUAAUAACUUUGAGUGAUCUCGUUUUAUUGAAUGGUUUCAGUUGUGGGUUUGACAAAGGGCUUAUUUGUUUUUUUAUUUUUAUUAGUGAUAAGGGGGUUGUUUGAUAAUCUUCUCUUCCUCGAUGUCAUCUGAAUAACAUGCCAUACAUAUG